AUGAAGCUUACAAUAUUUGUCGUUGGACCGACGCAAAGCGGCAAGACGGCCAUCGCGAAUAUACUCGCAGAUUUACUCGAAUCGACAUCGGCUCAGUACUAUCCGACACAAGGAGUGAGAAUACUGGAAAUCGAGAAAUCCAUAACCGUUCUUGAUGGCAAGAAGGGAAGGGCGAGAGAAGAAAACAUUCAAGUUGAAUUGUGGGAUACGAGCAGUGAUGAAAAGUUAGUACCGUCUAGAUCUAGUUGCAUCAUCCUUGUGAACCUGUGA